CUACUGGAAAACCUUAGUUUACACUCUGUUUAUUUUUUUCUUCCCACCCGCUUCAACACGCGGAUGAGAAAUUUGAUAGAAGCCUGUAUUGUUUCAACGUGGUCAACUUGGCAAAUUAUUUGUUUUCCACAUAAUUCCACACCUCGGUAGCUAGGCCGGAAUCAACAUAUUGCAUCAGCUAUGGCGGGCAGCAGUGUUCCUCUGUCGUGCCGCUUUUAUAAAGAAAGGUACCCCGAAAUCGACGAUGUUGUCAUGGUCAACGUAAGAAGAAUCCAAGAAAUGGGCGCCUACGUCGGUUUGCUCGAGUACGAUGACAUUGAGGGCAUGAUUUUGUUGUCCGAGUUGUCCAGAAGACGUAUCCGAUCAGUCAACAAGCUUAUCCGCAUAGACAAAACAGAACCUGUGAUUGUCAUUCGAGUUGACAAGGAAAAAGGUUAUAUUGAUUUGAGCAAGAGAAGAGUAACGCCCGAGGACGUGGAAAAGUGCAUUGCCCGAUACUCGAAUGCCAAAGCCGUGAACUCGAUUCUGAGGCAUGUCGCUGAAGUCCUCGAGUUUGACUCCAAGGAAAAACUGGAGCAGCUCUAUGAGCAGACGGCUUGGCAUUUUGAGGAGAAGAGCAGAGUGAAGGGGUCAGCUUACGAGUACUUCAAGCAAGCUGUGCACAACCCUACCAUUUUGGACGAGUGUGGACUCGAUGAGAAGGUCAAGGAGACCCUGCUCUCCAACAUCAAGAUGAAGCUCACCUCUCCAGUGGUUAAGAUCAGAGCAGACAUCGAAGUUGCCUGUUACGGCUACGAAGGCAUUGACGCAGUGAAAGCUGCCCUCCAAUCUGGAUUAGACUGCUCGACUGAAAACGUGCCCAUUCACAUUAACCUCAUUGCUCCGCCUCUCUAUGUAAUGACCACCUCGACCUCCGAAAAGGAUGACGGAAUCACUGCCUUGGCUGCUGCAAUUGAGAUCAUCAGAGACAACAUUACUGCUGUUGAUGGAGGACAAUUCAAUGUCAAAACUGAGCCUCAUGUUACAACCAAGAUGGAUGAUGCUCGACUUGCGAAACAACUGGAGCAGGCAGAGGCUGAGACCAGACAAGUGGCUGGCGACGAUGACGAGGAAGAAUCUUUCGAUGGUCCCGAUGUGGAGGUUAAUGGUGAUCAAGGCGAAGGUGAUGACGAAGAAGGCGUAAAGGAGGGCGCAAAAGACGAGGAAUAAAAGUGGAAAUGAAACAACUUUUAUUGAAAAUAAAGUGUAAUCGUAUUAUUAUUAA